AUGUCCACCGAACCCCACCCCCCCAGCAAGCCCUCCCGACUCUCGCUCCUCCGCCUCGUCGCCCCCGCCGUCCCAAAUAUGCUCUACAAGUCCGCCGGGCACCUCCUCUCGCUGACGCCGCAGUCAACCUACUGGGACCUGCGCACUACGCUGACCGUCGAGUUCCUGCGCUCAUACCUCAGCCGCGACAACCAGGGGGUCACCAUCGAGGAGAUCCAGGCCACGACGCUGAAGCCGCUGGCUGUCGCAGCAAAUACCUGGAAGGUGGAUGUGGACGUUCCUGUCGGUAGUGUCGAGGAGCAAAGUGCGCUGGAGGAUAUGGUGAGGAAGGCGAUUGUCGACCUGGCAAGUGGUGAGGAUAUUGAGCGGUUCAUACCGAGGGUUGGGGUGAGUGCUGCCACGGGAGAGUGGAUCGGGAGCAGGACGGUGGCGAAGGGAGAGGUUGAGGGGGAGAGUGAGAAAUGGAGUGAGGAGGAGAAGUAUGAGAGUAUGAUGAAGGAGGUUGAGGGCGGUGAGGAGAGUGGUGUUGUCCUAUGGUUGCAUGGAGGCGCUUAUUGGCUCUGUGACCCCUCCACUCAUCGGCCGAUAGCACGCAAGGUUGCAAAGUCCUUUAAAGGCCGAGUAUUCAUGCCACGCUACCGCCUUGCACCCCAAAACCCAUUCCCCGCCGCCCUUCUCGACGCCCUCACCGCCUACCUUUAUCUCCUCCAUCCACCACCCGGUGCGCUCCACAAGCCCAUUCCUGCCUCAAAGAUCAUCAUUGCCGGUGACUCCGCUGGUGGAAAUCUCUCUUUUGCCCUCCUGCAGCUGCUUCUCCACCUCCACCGCGCGGGCGACAACGAGGACGGCUACGAAGUGAUACCAUUAUCCGGUCCCAUGCACGCGCCCAAAAUAACAUGGCAAGGCGCUCCCCAUGAGGCCCCACUUCCAUGUGGAAUUGUGGGUGCAAGCCCGUGGGUAGACGUGAGCCGCUGCUUCGGCGAGAGGUUCACGCAUAAAGACGGGACGGUGGGAAGCGAGGAGUCUUGUAAGGGCUUUGACUAUCUCCCCACUCCGCGCGAAGAGCGCGCAAGGAAGUACAAAUACUCGCCUGCGUGGCCGGAGGAUGUUGGGAGGUCGCAUUUCUAUACACACGACGCCCUUGUUGCGCACCCGCUUGUGUCGCCUAUUAUGGCGGAGAGCUGGUCCGGCUCUCCUCCAAUGUGGAUUAGUGUGGGUGAUGAGUGUCUUCGUGAUGCGAAUCUCUACUUUGCGCACCGGCUAGUGGAGUUGGGGGCGUCGCUUCGGUUUCUUCACUUUACAUCAAUGCCGCAUGUGUUCCAGGGGACUAUACCUCAUCUUGCGGUAUCAAGGAGGAGUUUCGAGGAUAUGGCAGAGUUCUUGGACAUUGUGUUUGGUCGGAAGGAGGGGGGAGUGAAAGUUGGUGAGUAUCGGGUGCAUCCGGUGACGUUGGAGGAGGUAGCCGUAGAUAGAGCGGGGUUGACACUUGGUGGAUUGACGGUUGAGGACGUGAAGGCGUUGAUGGUGAAGGAGGUGAAGGAGUGGGCUAAGAAGAGUGAGGGCAUCGAGGCGAAACUAUAG